AUGGACGGACAGAUCAUCAACAACGAUGUGCGGAUCAGGUCAAACGUUGUGGAAACAUACAGGGGUCACACUYAAGAGGGCUACACAAUGGCUGCACAGGCUCAGGGAACAUACGUCUGUAGUAAAAGCUCUGGCCUGUGUCCAUUCCAAGGAAAUUUGCUUGCAACCGGUGGUGGCGAACAAGAUAGGAUGGUAAAGUUCUGGAACACUCACACAGGGGCUUGCUUGAAUUCAGUAGACACUGGUUCCCAAGUUUCUUCCUUGUUAUGGAGCAAGAAGGAAAAAGAGUUGCUUAGCUCACAUGGGUUUACACAGAAUCAACUUACUCUCUGGAAGUACCCAUCAAUGGUGAAAAUGGCUGAGCUCACUGGUCAUAGAUCAAGAGUUUUAUAUAUGACACAGAGUCCGGAUAGUUGUACAGUAGCUUCAGCAGCAGGAGACGAGACUCUGAGGUUAUGGAAUGUUUUUGGAGUACCUGCUCCAAAAGCAGUUUUUGAUCCAUUUUCUCAUGUGACUCGUAUUCGUUGA